UAUGUACAUGUACGUGCGGACGGCAAGAACGAUAUGUAGCUCUUUGAUGCUACGAGCCGAUUAUCCGAGCAAGGCAAUUCCAUCUCGGAGCUUGCGUCAUUCUUUCGGCAGACUGGGUGAGACUAAUGCACUAUACCCUGUUAUUAGCUGCAUUUUUCGAAAGCCACACCACCCCAAAAGUCUCACUUAUCCUCAAGUCUUGGCAUCAUAGGUUCGGAUAGCCUUGUUUUAACCUCUGUCCAGCUCCGAGUCUAACAAGACCGAAUUGCCCGUUACAUGUUUCGUAUUCCUAUAUAUAUAUAUAUAUAUCUUAUGGUUCAUAGCAAAAGGAAUAUGAUACAUCUAUAAUAAGAUGCCAUCUUGCUUAAAUCAUUGCUGUGGCUUUCAUGUUGAAUACAUUGAACCUGGAUGAAUUAGUAUUAUAAUAAGUUUGACAUCAUUGUUACACCUCAAGUACCUCGGAAAUAACACCGGCAGCAACUUGCCGCAGCCACUAUGCCCGCAAUCCAAGAUUCCGAUGCGCCCAUUGAGUCUCCCUUUACGAUUAGUGAACACUUAUGCGAAUUGUGCCAAUCACCUGAGAGUGUUACAUCUAUAGUAGCCCAAGAACCAUCUCUGGCUCCGGGUGAUGCAUGGAAGAAAUUGAUUGGUCAUCAUGAACAUAUUCAUAUUUCCAAAGGCGAUGUCCGCGACAUUGGUAAAGGUUCACUUGAUUCGAAGGAAUUAGUGAAAGCCCGGACUUGUGGAAAAUGGGGUUCGCAAGAGCCCGGGGAUUUAUUCCUCAGAAUGUACCAUGAUGCACUAUGUACACUUGAUGAUGAUCUGGAGGCCGGUAUGGUGAGCCCUUCUUUAAUGGGUAGUAGUGGGACUAUGCCUCUUACUAUUAUCUCUGUAAUUCCUGAUAUUGUGAGGCAUAUGUCCAACCUCAUCGUCCGUGCGGAAAGAGAAGUAUUCCUCGCUACCAAUUUCUGGCAGAACGGAGUAGCCUCUAAGUACAUCACAAAUGCGAUAAGGGAGCUUUCACGUCGUGCAGGAGAGCGGGGCACCAAGAUCGUAAUGAAAGUCAUCUACGAUCGCGGAAGCCCGAAACAGCUACUUGAACCGCACUACACGGUUCCUGAGAGCGAGUACACAGGUAGUGCCGUGGCGCUACCGGCUUCACAUGAAAUCCCGAAUAUUGACUUGCAAGUCAUCAACUACCAUCGUCCACUGUUAGGCACAUUUCAUGCUAAGUACAUGAUCGUAGACCGCAAGGUUGCUGUCCUGCAAAGCAACAAUAUUCAGGACAAUGAUAAUGUGGAGAUGAUGGUGGAAGUUGAUGGUCCUAUCGUCGACUCAAUGUACGAUAUGGCGUUGAUAAGCUGGCAUAAGAAAUUGGAACCGCCACUGCCAAACCUUGGUAUUCCUGCGGUUCAAACCGGGAGCGGGAAAUUUGGUGCUAGCCAUGCCGACAUAUUUGGUCCUGAUGGGACUGUGAAGGGCUACUCCGUGAUGGCUGAUCCGGCUAAAUUGCCAAGAGGAACGGCCGAUGGACUAGAAGUUCUCCAACAGAAGCCAAUAACAGAGGGGACGGGGAGUACCAAUGGCUUAAACGGGCCUGCCACAGAGACACUUCAAAACCCAUCCCCUCUGGACGGCGAUGUGGCGGGACCUGGUGAUCGUCAAGGCCAAGAUACCCUCCCAGAGCACACUUCAGAUGACCCCCACUACGAUGAAAACCUCGCGGGAGAAAUUCAACGUAUACAAGCGUCGGUAAGCGCAAAGCCAAACGAAACGAAAAUGCAGGCCAUAUCACGGCACCUCAACCACACAGUCAAUAAAGGAUUUGAAGGGGACGCUCCUGAGUGCGAUUCGCACGAUGAUAUGACACCAUGCAUACCGCACCCAGCGCAUGAGCCAUUUCCUAUGGCUCUGGUCUGCCGCCCGCCAUACGGUCACCCAAACCACAAUUCAGUAUCGAACCCGCAAAAUGCGGCGUGGUUGUCGGCACUGAGGAACGCGAAGAAGAAUGUGUUUAUCCAGUCCCCAACGUUGAACGCGGAGCCCCUGAUACCGGCUAUCGUGGAGGCGUGUGAGCGUGGUGUUGAUGUGUAUUGUUAUAUAUGUCUAGGAUAUAAUGAUACGGGCGAGAUGCUCCCCAUGCAGGGCGGCCAUAAUGAGUCCAUAGCCCAUCGCUUAUAUACUUCGCUCCUCUCACCUGAGGCGAAGAAGCGUCUACAUUGGUACUGGUAUAUCGCCAAGGACCAGACCCGUCCCAUCGUCGCAUCCAAAAAGCGACGCUCUUGUCAUGUUAAGCUGCUUAUUGCAGAUGAACGUGUCGGCGUCGUUGGGAAUGGGAAUCAGGAUACGCAGAGUUGGUUCCAUAGUCAGGAGAUCAAUAUUCUACUCGACAGCGAGCCUAUCUGCCGCUCGUGGAUUGAGGGCCUCAGGCGCAAUCAGAAUACACAUUUGUAUGGUACUGUUAGCACCGAGGAUGGCGUGUGGAAGGAUGCGAAAGGUGAGGGAGCUGAUGGCGCGACGGGUGUGGAUGCUGGACGCUUUAGCUGGGCGAAGGGUGUUGUUGGCGCUGUUAAGAGGGUACAGGGCACCGGUGGGUUUUAAGGUGGUAUUUUAUGGGGGAAGGGAAAAAGGGGAAUGGAUUAAAGACGGACGAGUAUGUAAUGAUGGUGCCAAUUGACAUGGCUUGGGUGUGAUCUUGAACGGAAGAUGUGUUUUAGUCCUAUUGAAUUAUACGGGCGGUAAUCGAUGAUUAGUCUAAAUACUUCACAUAUGCUUGACUGUA